AUGAGCAACCUCACCAAGUCAAUGGAGGCCGGAGACAGGGACACCGUGGUGGAGAAGCUGCUGGCCAUCUUUCCCGCCAUGGACAGGGAAGUCGCCAGGUCCGUGCUGAUCACAUGCGAGUACGACCUGGCCCAGACCGUGGAGACCCUCAAGGAGCUGGGCAUCCACAAGGUCAAGGAGAGCGCCACCGGCGGUGAGUCGCCGGCCGGCGCUCACCACCCCGCCGCCGACCUGGGCGGCCGCAGGGGCUCCUCGGGCUCCAUCAACAUCCCCAACUCACCCACACGCGGCAGCCCGGGCGGCGGACGCAACUCGCCGUCGACGGCCUCGCCCAAGGGUCCGUCGCCGCGUCGCGGCCACACCGCGGCCGUCGCAUCGCACACGUCGCACGCACACUCGCACGCGCGCUCGCCGUCGACCUACACCUUUGGCACGUCGCCCGUGUCGAACGCCUACUUUGCCGACCACUACCAGGACGACGGCAUACUGACCCACCCGCGCGGCCAGUCGCCGAUCAACCCCUACCUCACCGCCACGGGCGGCAUCGGCCGGCCGUCGGCCGCCUCGCCCAACCCGUACCUGCCGCCCAACAACCCGUACCUCGUCCCGCCCGGCGCGCCGUCAGGAAUGGGCUUCGGCGGCCCGGCCUCGCCCUCGUCUCGCCCCUCCUUCUACGCCUACUCCUACUCGUCAUCGCCCGGCAGCGUCUACCCGAUCCACUCCCAGGCGCCCUCGCUCUCCUCGCCCAGCCUCGGCCCGUUCGGCGGCGGCGGCGGAAGUGGUGGCGGCAGCAGCGCGUGGGGCCAAGGCCAGUCGGGCUCGGGCUCAUCGGGGUCGAGCAACCCCUACGUGUUCUCGUCGUCGCCCAAGUUCGCGCAUGGGCAACAGUUCCCGCCGGCCGGCGCACUGUCGGGCUCGCCCAAUCCGUUCUACACCUAUUCGUAUUCGUCGUCGCCCGGCAGCGUGUACCCGAUCGCGAGCGUCCAGCCCAGCGCGCGCCACCCGACGUUCGGCGGCGGCUUCUCGGGGUCGCCUUCCGUGCCGCCCCACGGCCAGCUGUCACAAUCGCCCGGCACGGCCUACUUCGCAUCGCUCGCUGCGACGUCGCCGGCUGGCGGCCGCUUCGGCGGACCUUCGUCGCCGUCGUCUGCCGACGAGAGCGAGAGCGAGAGCGAAAGCGACGAAGGCGAAGAGCGGGAGGGGGAGGGGGAGGAGGAGAGCGUGGGCGACAACGAGGUGGUGUUCGCCGACGAGGACGGCUUCGAUGCCGUCAAGGCGGCAGUCCAGCAGUCGUCGCCUUCGCAGAAGAAGAAGAAGCCCACCAUCAUCAUCCUCCGCCCGAAGCAGUCCAAGUCGCCGCACCACUCGCCGAGCGAGGGCAACAAGCACCAGAUGCCGAACCUGGCCCAGCGCAAGUUCAUGCGUAUGGUGUUCAAGAACCGCACCGACGUGUCGCCGCUCAACCCGCUCGCGGCCCUGUUCCUGUGCCUCAGCCAGGUGCCGGCCCUGCGCGACUACUUCCUCUCCGACGCCUACAAGGCCCAGCUCAAGCCCGAGAAGAACAAGUCCGCUGGCGCCGACAGUGUCCACGCCGCCGAGGCCUCGAUGGGCGACCUCAACAUCUCUGGCGAGUGGGACGCGCAGGACGUCUACCACGGCAGCCGUCGCCUCACCCUCGCUCAGCACUUUGCCCUCUGCGUCAAGGCGCUGCAGGGCAAGACGCCGAAUGAGCUGCGGGAGCUGGACGAGCAGUUCGCCGCCUUCCAGCAGGUCGUCACCAGCCGCACACCGCACCUCAGCGGCACCGGCAGCGUCGAAGAGGAAGCUGGUCGGUAUUCGGACAUGGUGGACUGGGUGCUCGAACACCUGAAGGAGGACCUCAGCGUGAAGAGCCCCGCCUACGAGCCCACGCCCGAAGACGAGGCCCUGGGCGACGACCACGUCGCCGCCAAGUACUGGGAGUCCUACAAGCGCGCCAAUCCCAUCCUCAUCGCCAACCUGUUCACCGGUCUGUUGAAGACGGCGAUCAGCUGCACGGGGUGCGGGCACCGCACUGUGAGCGUGAGCGUGGCCAACGGGCUCGUGUUGCCGACGAGCCUGGACAAGAAGCGCUCGAUUGUCGUCACCUUCGUGCCCGACAACCCCAGCGCCACCAACAAGCCCACCAAGCACUCUGUCAGUGUGUUCAAGACGAGCUACGGGCAGGACCUCAAGGUGGGACUGAUCGAGCGUCUGGGCAAGCCCCUCCGACCCGACCAGCUCAUCGUCACCGAAGUCUACGGCGGUCGCAUCGCUCAGAUCAUUGACGACUCGACGCCCGUGGAGGUGCUGAAGGACAAGGACGUGGUGGUGGUCUACGAGGUGCCCGCGGCCCACCAGAGCGCGCAGACCCGUCGCCGCAUGAGCUUCCCGUUCGACAAGGCCUCGUCGCCCGUCGUCGGCGCCAAGUCCGACCUGCCCUUCUUCGUCAUCCACCGAUACCACAAGCAGCGCAAGGAGGAUGACAUGGGAACGCACAUCAUCGGCAAGCCCUUCCCCGUGCCCUCCAACCUGACCUACGCCCAACUGUACACAAUCGUGUGGGACAGGUUCAAGGAGACGCUGGGCUAUUCGAAGGAUCUGUCGUACGCCGAGCUGGCGGACCAGAUCCGGGAGAGCGAGGAGAAGCGACUGGCGGGCGAGAAGGACGCCAAGGGGCGCGAGGACAAGAAGGGCCACCACGCCGACAGCAAGCGGCACGUGGGCCCCUUCGAGAUCAAGAUCGUCGACCAGUUCCUCGCCAACUGCGGCUCGUGCGACAAGGGCUUCAGGUGCGAUGGCUGCGUGAUGCCCUACGACGAGGUGCCGGUCAGCUUUGCCCCCGAGAACCACCUCGUGGUGGACUGGAACAUCCCCAGCGACGAGUACGAAUCCAAGCUCCACAAGUCUCUGCUGCUCAACAUGUGGCCCGACAAGCUCGAGGAGACGGGCGGUGUGGCGCCCAAGGUCACCCUUCAGGACUGCCUGCACAAGUACAUCGGCCAGUACCGCAUCCCUGAGUGGUUCUGCCAGCACUGCAAGGAGUUCAAGCAGGCCACCAAGGCCACCGCCAUCGGCGAGCUGCCGCCCUCCCUCAUGAUCCACCUGUCACGCUUCGAACUUAACAGAUAUUGGCACAGGGUGUGCAAGACGGAGGUGGACUUCCCCAUCAGCGGGCUUGAUCUCACCAGCUAUGUGGAGGAGACUGUCGACGGCUGCUCCGAGCACCAGCCCCACCACGGCCACAAGAAGAUCCUCUACGACCUCCAGGCCGUGCUGCAACUGUCGGGCUCGCGGGGCUAUUCGGCGUGCGUGCGCAACCCGGGCGACCGCAGGUUCUACCACUACACGCCCAGCGCCACCUACCAGCUGCCGAGCGAGGAGUCCGACCUGCCCAGCCUCAAGUCGAUUCUGUGCAGCGGCGAUGCCUGCGUCCUCUUCUACGCCAAGCGCGAGGACCAGGCCCACAGCAACUAA